UACUACUACUACUGCAAUCCCUACUAAUACUACAACUACUACUACAAUCCCUAUUAAUACUACUACUACUGCAAUCUCGACUAUUCCUACUACUGCAAUCCCUAAUACUACUACUACUACAAUUCCUAUUAAUACUACUACUACUACAACCCUGCUAAUACUAUGACUACUACUACAACCCCUACAAAUACUACUACUACUGCAAUCCCUACUAAUACUAUGACCACUAUCCCUACUACUACUACUUCUCCUACCACUACUCCCCCCACUACCACUCCUACUACUACUACUACUCGUACUACUACCACUCCUGCCCCCACCACCACCCCUCUGGUUUGUGUCAAUGGUGGGAUAUUAGAGAGUGGUGUCUGCAUCUGUCCUGAUAAAUGGACCGGAGAGACGUGUUCAGUAGAAAAUUCCUGCAAAGACAACAAGAUAGGAGGAUUCAGUUUCCCAGAGACACCCAUCGGCUGGUUCGCAUACUCUGAAGAACUCUGUCCCACAGGAACAAGUGGAGCUGGUAAAUCACGGGCUUCAACCAGAUGCACCAUCAAGACCGGAUCACCCAGUUUUGAACAUCCACCUCAGGUCUUCAAGUGUGACCAGACCCUCAGUGACAUUAAAGAGAACCUCACCAGUGUGGCUGAUUUAGAGACGUUGGCGAGCAGCACUCAGAUUCUGACGUCCAAACCCGAGGAGCUGACGGCCGACAACGUUACGACGGCAGCUCAGAUCGCCAACACUCUGCUGCUGUCUCCUCAGGCCACAGAGAGCGUCAGGGUGGCAGCAGUAGCUACAGUCAGCCAGCUGCUCAACGCCAGCACUCCAGACACCGACACCGAUGAGAACAACACCACUCUGAGCCUGACGCAGACUCUGGACCAGCUCUCUGUCAACCUCAGCUCCAGCCUCAAUACGACUCAGUCUCAGGUGGUUCAACCAAACCUGGUGGUCCAGUCAGCCCAGGUCCCUGCUGCCGACACUCAGGGAGUCCAGUUCACCUCCCUCACAGGAAAGUCAGGCAGUUUUGUGUCCGACCGGAUUCAGCUCAACACCAACACGUCAACAGUUGUGGUAGAAAACAGGUUCAUAGCCGACGCCCUGAUAUACAUACGAUUUCCACCAGAAACUGUCAGCAGACAUCAGAAGCCGUCAAACGUCUCUCUGGGUUUCGUCCUCUACCAGAACGACCGUUUCUUCAGGUCAAGGCUCUACAGGAGGCGUCACGCCACCAUCAGGGUCCUGUCGGCCAGUGUCAAAGGUCAGGAGCGCAGCGUGGUGCCGCAGCAUGUGGAGAUGCUGUUCAGACCAAUGCUGAGGAACGGGACGUCUCUGAACGACUUCUCCUGUGUGUUCUGGGACUACAGCGUGGAGGACUGGAGCGCUGCCGGCUGCUCCAAAGGAAACGCCUCAGACGGAGUCCUCAGGUGUUUCUGUAACCACACCACUAACUUCGCUGCUCUCUGGUCUUUCAGAGAGAAUUAUGAGUACUCAGACGCUCUGGACGUGAUCUCCAUCAUCGGACUUUCUGUUUCUAUUCUGGGUUUGGUUGUAACCAUCGUUUACCACAUUCGAGACAAUUUUGGGAUGAAGACUCGUCAGAGCGACAUCAACUCAAAGAUCGCUCCGCUGUGUAUCUACGUCAGCCUGCUGGCCUUCAUCAUCACCUUCCUCUCUGGAGUUGAAAACAGACGGGACGACGCUGAGCUGAAGGUCGUACCUCAAACUAACGUCAUCCCGGACUCUGACGAACACGUGGACCCGGACCGCGGCUCGUGCACAGCGGUGGCCGCUCUGCUUCACUUCUUCCUGUUGGCCACCUUCACGUGGAACAGCGUGUACGGGACUCAGCUGGUGUUGCUGGUCCGGACCAUGCGCCGCAGUCUUCCUCCGAACUGGACUCUGCUCAGCAUCGCUGUGGGAUGGGGAGUCCCGGCUGUCUUCAUGGCGGUCACGCUGGGAGCGACCUACAGGGUGGACAAUCCUCUGGGCUACAGACAGGAGGAGUUCUGCUGGCUUGCAGCUCUGGACAAAGACAAACAGUUUCACUUUGGGAGACCGAUGUUCUGGUCUUUCCUGGUCCCGGUUGGUCUGAUCCUGGUCUACAACAUCGUGCUGUUUGUUCUCACCUCUCUGACCAUGUGCAGGACAGACCCGACUCUGAAGAGCACCAGUCACCUGACUCUGAAGAAGAAGUUCCUCAGCAGUUUCUCUCUGGCUGUGUUACUGGGUCUUUCCUGGACUCUGGGGUACCUGGUCCUCGUCACUACAGGACACGCACACCUGGUCUUCAGCAUCUUAUUCUGCGUCUGUACGACCACACAGGGUUUUCAGAUCUUCGUCCUGUUCACAGCCAGGAAGCCGUCGUUCAGAGCCAGCGUCUCCCGGACUCUGCAGUACGCCUCCUCCGUCAACAUCCCGCUGCAGAACUCAAGGUACAACCUGCUGAAGGGCUGGAUGAGGAACACCGCCUCCGAGUCCUACAGAGACCUGAAAGACGAGCACACGAGCUGAUGAAGAGCCUCGGCAGGUCGAGUCAGAUCGAGUCAGAUCUCUGUCUUUAGCUCUUUGAACUCACAGAUGUGUCUGAGUUAAACACUGUUAAACCUGUUUUCUGUAUCUGUAUCAUUUACUCAAACUUUGUACUGUUGCUCUUGUAUCAUAUUAUCUUAUUUUAUUAUUAUUAUUUUAAUUUAUGUUAUACUGCACUAACUCUGCUCCUCAGACGUCUGAUGAUAGAACCAUGAUAAAGCUGAGAGGCUUUAAACACAGUGAACAUUUAUCAGUAACUAUAAUAAUAAUAUAAUAGUAAUAUUAUUUUAACUUGAUUUCACUGUAAACAGAGAAUCACUGAGGUGAUUCAUGAGAACAAUCUGUGUCACUUUAAAUAAAAACUGCUGUUAAUGUGUUUGAAAGUCAACUUUGCAUUUGCUCUAAAUGUUUUUAAUCUAAACUGGGCUUUUAAAGGUCUAGAUUCAAUUCAACUCUGUUCAUCUGAAAUCAGUCUUUUAAUGAGUGAUGGUGAGAACAGAUUUAAAUGGUCUGUACUAGUGUAAACUGGUU